UAAGUUGUGUUUCAACUUCACGUUUGCAGGUGGUGAUCACUGUGGAGCGUUCUUUGGGGUGUGCCGUGCCGUUGUUCACCUUUGGCGUUCAAGAGUCCAUCAGUAGUGGCAGUUUGAUAGGCAAGGUGGCCGCCGGGGAUCCAAUUCAGGGGAGUGGACUCAAGUACCGUUUAAGAAGUAAACUAGACCUCCCCUUUCAAAUUGAUCCUUACAAGGGGGACAUUUACCUGCAGAGAGCUUUGAAUUACGAACAGAUACCCUUCAUACCUGCUUAAUGUUGAGGUGAUGUCAGGUACUAGUUCUGUCACAUGUGAGGUGAAGGUUAUUGUACAAAAUGAAGAUGACGAACCUCCACAAUUUACGAAGAGGACAUUCAAGUUCCAAACAUAUGAGGAAAUGGAACCGAGUACUAUUGGUGUUGUCUCCGCAUUCGAUGAAGACACGAUGCCCUCAGAUCUCUCCUACAUCAUUGUUAAUUCACAUUCAUUGGAAAAGUUCAUUAGUGUCGAGAAAGGGGGCGUGGUUAAAUCUAAAUCACCGUUAAUAAGAUCUGAUUUAUCCUCUUUCAACUUUUACGCGCCGAAUACAAACUCUAUAGAGUUCGAUGUCACUGUCACCGACGACAAGAAAAGCGACACAGCCAGGGUUGUCAUCGAAGUGAAAAAUCUGGUCGUAAGACGCGAAGACUCACAAUAUGUCUACGGAACUAUUCUGGAAAACAGUGUUGCUAAUUCCAUUGUCAAUAUUUCUUUUCCCUCGGAGGACAAAGAUGGGGUUCUCAAAAUACAAACUGUGUCUGAGGAUUUCUACUUUGAUGAGAUUACGGGCGAACUGAAAACAAAGAGGUCGUUUGAUCGUGAAGCCCAGGCAGCCCAGAGGUUAAAUGUGGCACUAGUUGACAAGAAGAACCUGUGCAAGGAAGUGGCUGUGUAUGUUGUAACCGUUUAUAUACUGGACGUGAAUGACAACACACCUGAAACAUCAGUUGCUGAUUAUCACCACAUGUUGUCGGAGAACUUUAUAGGGAGCACCUCACUGGUGAUUACCGGAAGCGAUGCUGAUGAAGGUGUCAACAGCGAAGUUGUAGUCGAAAUUAGCGGAACUUUCAGUGAGCAUUUCGAUUUAACGAAGUUGGCAAACAGUGCUACAGGGCUGUUCAGAUACAAGUUAGUGGUCAAAAAGGAGUUUGACUACGAAAAGCUUCAAGAGAAAUCUCUGAAUUUUCUUCUCAGUGUAAGGGAUAGUGGGAGACCGGCACUCUCCUCGACCUCUAAGCUUGUUGUCGAUAUUUUGGAUGUCAAUGACAAUACACCAGCAUUCAAGAUGGUUCCAUCGAGUCCUGUUAUGGUGGAAGAAAAUUAUGCGUUAAAGAAGACAAUCGUCACUGUCAGUGCCACUGAUGAGGACAGCGGGUACAAUGGUGCUGUGACAUACACACUUGACCAGUUUCAGGAAGGUGGGUUCACUAUCGGUGAGAGCACAGGGGACCUGUCCCUUGUGGGAUCUUUGGAUUAUGAAGAACGCAUUGAGUACUCCGUUGAAAUAAGGGCAGUGGAUGGUGGGAUACCUAGCCGCACAGCCACGGCGAUUGUUACCAUUAAAGUGGUGGAUGUAAACGACAAUGCACCUGUGUUUACGUCUUCCCAUUACACCAUAGAAGUGAAAGAGAAUCGAACGAACGUUCACUCAGAAGUGAUGCGAGUGUCAGCUUUCGACAAGGACAGCGGUGAUUUCGGGAAAGUCAUCUACAGCCUGAGCAAUUUUGUGCAGAAUUUCAGGAUUGACAGCGACACCGGCAAUGUCUCCACCACUAACAGGUUGGAUUUUGAGCAACUUGAGAACCCAAAUAUCGAGCUGCUUGUGGAAGCACAUGACAACGAUCCGAACUUUUCAAGUAGACGGACGAGCACAGCAACAUUGCUGAUUCGCUGUUUGAACGUAAACGACGUGCCACCAGUGUUUGAUAAAAAGUAUUACACGGCAAAGGUUAACGCAGGGCAGGACCCGUUGGUCACUGUUGUGAGAGCCACAGACCAGGACACACCCGCUGACCAGCUCACAUACACUGUUUUAUCACCCACAGACUUUACCAUUGACAAAGAUGGAGUGAUCAAAGGGAAAGGAUCCAUUUCAGCACCCCCAUCACUUCGAGAAAUCACGGUUGAAGUUCGAGAUGGUGUAUUCAAGGCAACAGCCUUAGUACAGGUGAAUAUAACAACUGGAAAACAUGGGCCAACUGUGAAAGACAACUAUACAGAGUUCAUCUUAGAAAACCGCCCUGCCGACUCCCUCCUCCUGACCACAGAGAAUUUCACCACUGGCUAUGACUUAACAUUCCAAUUUUUUGGGGCUGCACAGUUCUACGUCAAUUCUUCUGGCAAUACGGGAUAUCUGUGGACAACGCAUGAAUUUGACCGAGAACACACUGACAGCUACACUGGCUACAUCAUGAUCUCUAACUCCCUUGUUGAGGAUCAGUUCUCAAAUGUUAAGGUGUUCAUAACUGUUUUGGACGUCAAUGAUAAUGCUCCGAGCUGUAGUCAGCCCUUGUAUAAGCUGAACAUCAAAGAAGGAGAGGCUAUGAAUAGCAGUAUCGGUCACAUAGAAGCCAGUGACCCAGAUGUCGGACAAAAUGGAACAUUUGAUUACAUCAUCAAAGGAGAUGAAGGUAAACUGUUUGCAAUAAGUGAGGAUGGAUGGCUGAGAACAAUAGUUGUUCUUGAUCGGGAGCAAAAAGAUAUGUAUACAAUUGAUAUAGAGUUAAACGAUCAUGGCAAUCCUCCGUUGACUGGCAGCUGUAAGGUCUUCUUGAGGGUUCUUGAUCGGGAUGACACGCCCCCGGAGUUCAGCCGGUCUGAGUAUGUGGAACAGAUCCGUGAGAACACUGCACUAAACACUUCUAUUUUACUUCUGGAAACCAGUGACCCAGACUCGGAUAUAAACACCAUCCGUUACAGUUUGGUGAAAUCCAUUCCCGAAAUCGGCAUACAAGAAGAUACAGGCCGACUUUUUACGAAGUCCAGCAUUGACAGGGAGAAGGUGGAAGGCUUCAAUAUAACUGUACGCGCAUCGGAUCCAGCAGGAAACAUCGGUACCACUGAAGUCAGGAUUGAAGUGCAGGACGAGAACGACAACGCGCCUAAGUUUGAGAGCGACACUUACCGCUUUCAACUAUUCGACAACGUCACUGAGGGGCAGUCUGUGUUUAGCGUUCAUGCCACUGAUGCCGACGCAGAGUACAAUCGUGUUAGGUACAAGCUACAAUCAAACUCUGGUUACGAUUUUGAGGUCAACUCUGUAACUGGCAAUAUCACGUUAAAGCGCAGGAUACAGGAGGAUAGAAGUUCUGAGGUUUUUUACAUUGUGGCAACGGACGACGGACAUGAUGGAGGGCGCUCAAAUUCAGCCACAGCCACAGUGAUAGCUGAUAUAAGGUACAACGUGUACGCACCUGCGUUUGAUUCCAUGUAUUACGAUGCGACCGUGGUGGAGGAACAGUAUGGAGGGGACAUUAUUGUGAUCAGUCUGGAGGCGACUGACAAAGAUGAAUUUGGACGAAUCUCCAAAUAUUCCAUAGAGCCGAAUCUGUAUUCAGAUUAUUUCCAAAUUUCUUCUUUGGGUAACAUCACAGUAUCCAAAAAGCUUGAUAGAGAGGCCUUACCAGUACAGCACUUCAUUUUGAAAGUCAUAGCCACUGAUGAUGGUGUCCCAGCGAAGCAAAACUUCACGAUUGUAAACGUUACUCUACUUGACAUCAACGACAACGCCCCAAGCUUCCCCCAGGGUCAAUACAGUGUCACACUAAGUCAGACUUACAAAUCAGGAAGACUCAUACCUAUCCCAACUGCUGAUGACCCUGAUGAAGGGGAAAAUGCAACGGUCGAGUACACUUUGUUUCGAAACAAUUAUAACUUUACGAUCGAUAAAAACAGCGGAGUAAUAAGGGCUACAUCUGACUGUCACGGUUGUGUCAGGCCUGAGAAUUACACAUUAAAUGUGCCUGGAGGGCUGUUUGUCAUGGCGCGGAACCCUAAUGACAUCAAUUUCGAAGUUGACCAAGGUCUCAGAGUAAACAUUGUUCUUAAUUACGAUGAUCCCAACAAACAUGCACCAAAAUUCACCACACCUCUGGAUGAGUUUCCUAUUGACAUGAGUGAACAGAAAGUCAAGAGUGAAAUACAGGGGCUGAGAAUUCAUGCUGAAGAUGAAGAUGGAGACAAUGUCACAUACUCCGUGAAUGUUAGCGAUGUCAGGACAAGAUCAAUCUUCAUGAUUGAUAAGAAUUCGGGCGUAAUUAAAUUAAUGUUUGCCCCUGACCCAAACAUUGUUAGUUACAACCUAACAGUGAUAGCCACGGACAACGCUCUGUUGCCUAAGACAGCCUCUAUUUAUUUCAAGCUGAUCAUCACGCAUGGCAGUACUAGCAGUGCGGUUCGAAGCGCUCUGAUAGCUGUCAGUGUAAUAACCGUGGCGACAAUAAGCGUCCUUGCUGCCCUCCUCUUCUGGCAGUGGAAAGGACGUUUGGUAGCUCAGCGUGAGCUGGAGAGAGUGAGAAAGGGUGCAUACAUGAAAGCAGAUAAUCGAUCACAUCACAGUAACAAGGAGCCUAAUUGGGCUGGAGAAUACCAUGAGUUGACAGUAAAAGAUGAAUACAUUACCCCAGCAGGGGAGUCACCAUAUUACAUCACCCCUGCAGAAACCAACAACCAGGAUUCCAACUCACCUGUAGCUGUAGAGAACAUCAACUAUCAGGUAAACCCCAUCUCCUGUCCAGAGUACCUGACCCCUGAAGAAGAAAACAAUUCUGAUUUUUACUUAACUGCACAGAACCCCUACUGUCAGGUAAACCCCAUCUCGUGUCCAGAGUACCUGACCCCUGAAGAAGAAAACAAUUCUGAUUUUUACUUAACUGCACAGAACCCCUACUGUCAGGUAAACCCCAACUCUUGUCCAGAGUACCCGACCCCUGAAGAAGAAAACAAUUCUGAUUUUUACUUAACUGCACAGAACCCCAACUGUCAGGUAAACCCCAACUCCUGUCCAGAGAACCUGACCCCUGAAGAAGAAAACAAUUCUGAUUUUUACUUAACUGCACAGAACCCCACCUGUCAGGUAAACCCCAACUUCUGCCCAGAGUACCUGACCCCUGAAGAAGAAAACAAUUCUGAUUUUUACUUAACUGCACAGAACCCCUACUGUCAGGUAAACCCCAACUCUGGUCCAGAGUACUUGACCCCUGAAGAAGAAAACAAUUCUGAUUUUUACUUAACUGCACAGAACCCCAACUGUCAGGUAAACCCCAACUUCUGUCAAGAGUACCUGACCCCUGAAGAAGAAAACAAUUCUGAUUUUUACUUAACUGCACAGAACCCCUACUGUCAGGUAAACCCCAUCUCCUGUCCAGAGAACCUGACCCCUAAAGAAGAAAACAAUUCUGAAAACUUAACUGCACAGAACCCCUACUGUCAGGUAAACCCCAACUCCUGUCCAGAGAACCUGACCCCUGAAGAAGAAAACAAUUCUGAUUUUUACUUAACUGCACAGAACCCCAACUGUCAGGUAAACCCCAACUCCUGUCCAGAGAACCUGACCCCUGAAGAAGAAAACAAUUCUGAUUUUUACUUAACUGCGCAGAACCCCAACUGUCAGGUAAACCCCAACUCCUGUCCAGAGAACCUGACCCCUGAAGAAGAAAACAAUUCUGAUUUUUACUUAACUGCACAGAACCCCUACUGUCAGGUAAACCCCAACUCCUGUCCAGAGAACCUGACCCCUGAAGAAGAAAACAAUUCUGAUUUUUACUUAACUGCACAGAACCCCAACUGUCAGGUAAACCCCAACUCCUGUCCAGAGAACCUGAGCGCUGAAGAAGAAAACAAUUCUGAUUUUUACUUAACUGCACAGAACCCCAACUGUCAGGUAAACCCCAUCUCCUGUCCAGAGUACCUGACCCCUGAAGAAGAAAACAAUUCUGAUUUUUACUUAACUGCACAGAACCCCAACUAUCAGGUAAACCCCAACUCCUGUCCAGAGUACCUGACCCCUGAAGAAGAAAACAAUUCUGAUUUUUACUUAACUGCACAGAACCCCAACUGUCAGGUAAACCCCAUCUCCUGUCCAGAGAACCUGACCCCUGAAGAAGAAAACAAUUCUGAUUUUUACUUAACUGCACAGAACCCCAACUGUCAGGUAAACCCCAUCUCCUGUCCAGAGAACCUGACCCCUGAACAAGAAAACAAUUCUGAUUUUUACUUAACUGCACAGAACCCCAACUAUCAGGUAAACCCCAACUCCUGUCCAGAGAACCUGACCCCUGAAGAAGAAAACAAUUCUGAUUUUUACUUAACUGCACAGAACCCCAACUGUCAGGUAAACCCCAUCUCCUGUCCAGAAAACUUGACCCCUGAAGAAGAAAACAAUUCUGAUUUUUACUUAACUGCACAGAACCCCAGCUGUCAGGUAAACCCCAACUCUGGUCCAGAGUACCUGACCCCUGAAGAAGAAAACAAUUCUGAUUUUUACUUAACUGCACAGAACCCCAACUGUCAGGUAAACCCCAUCUCGUGUCCAGAGUACUUGACCCCUGAAGAAGAAAACAAUUCUGAUUUUUACUUAACUGCACAGAACCCCAACUCCUGUCCAGAGUACCUGACCCCUGAAGAAGAAAACAAUUCUGAUUUUUACUUAACUGCAAAGAACCCCAACUGUCAGUUAACUGCACAGGACCCCAACUAUCAGGUCAAUCUCAACUCCUGUCCAGUGUACCUGACCCCUAAAGAAGAAAACAAUUCUGAUUUUUACUUAACUGCACAGAACCCCUACUGUCAGGUAAACCCCAACUCCUGUCCAGAGAACCUGACCCCUGAAGAAGAAAACAAUUCUGAUUUUUACUUUACUGCACAGAACCCCUACUGUCAGGUAAACCCCAACUCCUGUCCAGAGUACCUGACCCCUGAACAAGAAAACAAUUCUGAUUUUUACUUAACUGCACAGAACCCCAACUGUCAGGUAAACGCCAACUCCUGUCCAGAGAACCUGACCCCUGAAGAAGAAAACAAUUCUGAUUUUUACUUAACUGCACAGAACCCCUACUGUCAGGUAAACCCCAACUCCUGUGCAGAGAACCUGACCCCUGAAGAAGAAAACAAUUCUGAUUUUUACUUAACUGCACAGAACCCCAACUGUCAGGUAAACCCCAACUCCUGUCCAGAGAACCUGACCCCUGAAGAAGAAAACAAUUCUGAUUUUUACUUAACUGCACAGAACCCCAACUGUCAGAUAAACCCCAACUCCUGUGCAGAGAACCUGACCCCUGAAGAAGAAAACAAUUCUGAUUUUUACUUAACUGCACAGAACCCCAACUGUCAGGUAAACCCCAACUCCUGUCCAGAGAACCUGACCCCUGAAGAAGAAAACAAUUCUGAUUUUUACUUAACUGCAAAGAACCCCAACUGUCAGGUAAACGCCAUCUCGUGUCCAGAGAACUUGACCCCUGAAGAAGAAAACAAUUCUGAUUUUUACUUAACUGCACAGAACCCCAACUAUCAGGUAAACCCCAACUCCUGUCCAGAGUACCUGACCCCUGAAGAAGAAAACAAUUCUGAUUUUUACUUAACUGCAAAGAACCCCAACUGUCAGGUAAACGCCAUCUCGUGUCCAGAGUACCUGACCCCUGAAGAACACAUUAACCCUAAUUCGCACAGAACCCCAAAUAUGAGAUAA